AUGCAUCCUCCAGCACGUGGUUAUGAGAAAAGAGCAGGUGAACACCAUCCACCUCCUUUCCCAGCUCCAGCACCUCCACAGCCGUAUAAUGCUCCUACAUAUAUAGCCUCUGGUGUGCAGCCUUAUGUUGUUGCAGGGAGGUGGUCCACUGGUCUUUGCCAUUGUUGUGAUGAUCCUGCAAAUUGCUUGAUCACUUGCUUCUGCCCUUGCAUCACAUUUGGACAUAUUGCUGAUAUAGUUAGCAGAGGCUCUUCAUCUUGUGCUUUAAGUGGCACAAUCUAUGGGCUUCUGGGUUUUACUUGUUUGGCAUGCUUGUACUCUUGCUUUUGUCGUUCAAAAUUGAGGGGGCAAUAUGACUUGGACGAGGCACCUUGUGCAGACUGCUUGGUGCACUUCUGCUGUGAGCCUUGUGCUCUGUGUCAAGAAUACAGAGAGCUCAAGAAUCGUGGGUUGGAUAUGGGAAUAGGUUGGAAAGCAAACGUGGCCAGACAGAGUCGUAUAGUUAUAGUAGCUCCGGUGGUGGCACCUGGCAUGACAAGGUGA